AUGUCGCUCUGCACAAGAAAAAGCGAGGAAUAUAAAAAUAGCGACUCUGUUGAGGUAGCGCUGCCGCCCGAACUAAAGUGGAAUUUACCGAUUCGAAGAAGCUAUAAUAAGGAUCUGGGUUGUGUUGAUUUUGGUGAAUUUGGUAAUCAGAAUGUAAAAGUUGCAUUAAUGAGAUGUGCAGAGGGGCCAAUAGACGCUGUGAUUGCUGUAAAGAAUGCUGUUGAUAUUUUGAACCCAAAAGUUGUCCUAUUUGUCGGAAUUUGUGCUUCGAUGAAACCAGAAAAGGUAAAACUUGGCGAUGUCGUGAUUUCCGCGAAAUUGGGAACUUAUGCCGAGGAAGAAAUCAGGCAGGAUGGCACGGAUGAAUGGCGAGACAGUUUAAAAGUCGAAGUUCAUCGUAAUGCUGUCAUGUUAAGCGACCCGGAGUUGGUUAAUAAUCUAAAAAGACGCCAAGAGAUGCUGAAUUAUUUUAAAGAUUCGCUCGGUCUAGAAAUGGAGGGUGUGGGUCUCUAUGCAGCGGCGUAUAAUCUUGGCAUUGAAUGGGCUGUUGUCAAGGGAGUGUCAAGUUUUGCAGAUGGAAAUGUGGAGACCAAAAAAUGGAAGCAAUUUGCAAGUGUAAUGGCCGCAUCUGUUGUUUAUAACAUGUUUAAAUAUCCAAAUGUUUCACAAAGUUGGUGCCACAAACAGCUGGAACCGCUAUAA